AAGGAGCCAAACACAACUUAUAUUUUUCACAAUUUAAAACAUCUUGUUUUGUUUUUUUGUUUUUUUGUCAGUACCCCAAGGUUCAGAGCAUACUUGGAAUACAAAUGGAAAAUUAGCCUGUUUUGAAUGGGAAGUCCCAUCUCAUGCGAAUGAGCCACUUCCGCAGGGUGUGCUAAGGUGAGGGUAGUUUAUGAUACUAGGACGAAUGGGGGCAAAGCCUGGGAAGGCUACUUUGACCAAAGUCUAAAUAAGCGAGUGUGAACUGCGAAGCCACGACAACAGUAAAAGCAUGGAUUGUGUUUUCGCAUUUGGAGGCAGCACUUCAUCUCUUAAGUCACCGAAUUACACUUUCAGUGUGCGGAUCUGCGCAUAUUCCAAACUCUUUGUGAGGGCGGUAUUAUAUAAAAUAGGCGAGCUUAGUCAGAGAUACAUUUCAAAAAUAGACAGCUCGAAAAAGAUUUAUGUACUUGUUGAAUUUCACACUUAGUGGACAGGCAGGCGCGAUUAUUAAGUCCAUUUUUCAUGAUCUGUCCCCUUUAAUUAUUUAUGUGAAUUGGGCCCUGUAACCUAGUACAGUACCAGGUUUCGCACAAAGCCACUGCAAAUAACUGUGUAAACACCAGGAUAGGGAAAAUACAUUCUUGUGGACGACUUGCACACCAUCAAAGAAUUUGGACAGGACAUUCAAGCAGUUCCAAAAGCAAAUUAAAGUCAUCAGAGUAAUUUAUAUAAGCCCCCAAAACAUUUAACCAACAGCUGAUCAUCAUGUAUAAUAAUAAACAUUUGUUCGAUUGUUGCAUUCCUUAAAUGUAGUCUGAAAACUGAUAUAGGAAAGCAAUUCUUCACCUUUGCUAUGGGCAAACUACACCUUCACGGACGACAGGGUUUAAGAUGUUUAAUCCAUUUGUAAUUCUAUCCAUAGGUUUGUGUAUUGAUCUGUAAUAUACUGUAAAGUUUUCGUGUUAUUUUCACAAUAAACUCAUUAAUUGCCUCUCCAACACUUUGAAAUAAACAAUAUUUCUGGAAGUGACUUCACUGUUACUUAUAGCAUAGCUGAAUAAUAAACAUAUUCAUUGUCACUGGUUAUACAAGGCGAUAAGACUCUGAAACAAUAUUAAUGGCUACAGCAUUCAUUCAUUCAUUGACUUUGCGGCUUUCUUCAAUUGUUGGCCUUUUCUUUCUACCGGUGUAUGUAGUACCCUACCAUGCCAACAGGGGUCAGCUGCUGAUUAUGAAACGCUCGCAUUACGCACAUAAAUUGUCUCUUGAAGGCAGCCAUUGCUGAACAGAACUCAUGAGGCGCACUUUUUACUUCACCCUGCCAGUGUUGGCCAACAUUCUGACCGCAUGUACGGGCUACACUCUGAGGAACUCCGUCUCCUGGGCAGUCUCCUCCAAUGAUGCGGUGGAGGACGCCGACCUGUCAGAGGAGGUCGCCCCGGCCUUGCUGGUGGAAGGCGGCGGGCUGUGGAAGCAGGCGUACCCGACAGGCGUAAUCAAGAAUCCCGGGGAGCGAGUGCAGCCCGAGGGCGACUCCAGUACGGUGGCUCAGCGUCCCGCUCGCCUCUUCUCCUAUCGGACGGAGAAGGUAAAGGUGGCGGGCAGCGGGCCUCCCCCCCAUCAGGAGACCGCGAGAACGGCCAGAUACAUCGCUCACAGCAGCGACUGGGGCUCCCUGGCCACAAUAUCUAGCCAAGACAAGAUCAAAGGUCUCCCCUUUGGGAAUAUUUUCUCCAUCAGUGAUGGACCACUGGACAACAGCACAGGGGUCAUCUACUUUUAUGUGACGCCCAUGGACAACACGGUGUCUGACCUGAAAAUGAACCCCUACGCUUCCAUCACUUUCUCGGAGGCUGAGAGUGAUUUCUGCAGACAAAUGAUAUAUGACCCAGAGGACCCGAGAUGUGCUCGACUCACCCUGACAGGCAAGAUGGUGGAAGUGACGCCAGAGGAGCUCGCCUUCGCCAAGGAGGCCAUGUUCUCCAGGCAUCCCAUGAUGGCAAAAUGGCCUGUGGGACACAAGUGGUUCUUCAUGAAGCUGGAGCUGAUCCAAGUGUGGUUGCAGGACUGGACCGGAGGCACAUCGCUCAUUCCGCUGGAGGAAUACUUCAAAGCUUCCCCUUUUUAAUAGUCCUGCUGCUUCCGACAGCAUUAUGUCAGCCUAGAAAAAAAAAACAAUUACAUACACUGUACCUAUUCGUACUGUAUAUGGGUAACAAAUUCAAGUCUGUCAAAUUGGUUCAAAUUUAUCAAACCAUGGUGAAGGAGACUAGAAUGUAAGCUACUGGACAGGAAACCAGGAGGAAGGGAUGCUGAAGAACCAGAAAGGGUUCCAAGGCCAGCACUGAGGGGUCCUCUGUCACAGAAACCUUGAUCUUCUUCCUUACACGCGUCCUCCAUAUCAUGUUCCUCGAUUAAAUAGCCUACUUCUGGACUUACUGCUCAGGGGCGAAGGUUUUGGACUGUUGAACUUUGUGCUGCGGGGCUUUGAUAAUAAUUGGUUGGGAUCCUCCGCUGCUGGAGGUAGCGGGGCUGCUGUUGCCAUCUGAAUCCACAGGUUACAUAACCUGAGCUGCUGCCAAACUUUUUUCAGGCCAGCAAUCCACUCUGAGUCUGCCACGGCCUUGUGUGGUUUGGCUUUUGAAGACAUUGUAUGUGCCUUUGUAUCUAAAUCAUGUAAAAAGGAAUGCAUUCAAUGAUUUUAAAUGCUUUUGCUAUGUUGUUGAUUUUGUGUUUUUGGGCAACUUGCAGCAUAAUUACGCUGCAACGUAACUGUGCACGCAGUUUACAACACCCACCAAAAAAUAGCUUCCUCAAUACAUAAGAAAAGUGAAGAUUGAUUAGCUUUGGAUGGGAUUUGUGCAUGUGACUCCAGUGGUGGCGGAUCUUAAUCAACGGAGUUUUUAAGUGCAGCAGAAGAUGAAGAACGCUGCCGUGAUUAUUCUGCAUUGCCAGUUGUCCUUGUUGCAAUUCGGGUUUUUUUUCCCCGAAACCAUGACUCUUGUUGUACAUUUUCCGCAUUCUUAGCUUUUCACGCAUCCUUGGCUUUUAAAAUUAAUCGAUCAGCAAGAUUUCAGCAAGAAGAAGAGCUGACUAGAACAACACAUCUUUAUUUCAGAUUAAUCAGAGGCACUUUAAAUCGUGUCAGGCGUAUGUUGACUCCCAUUUAAUUUUAGUUUGAAUUCAAUCACUUUAUACAACGCAGCUUCAUCCCAGUAAUAAGAGGGUGAACACAGCACUGUGCAACUACAGUGCAAACUCAGGUCAAAUAGUGGAGCCCAGGUUUCAAAGCAAACAUGGUGAAGUGGCAGUUAGUUAUUCUGCCCCAUGCAAAUAGAAUAAGUUGCCAAUAGAAGUGAAGUCAGCCCCAAGUAUUGAUGUCUUCAAAUACAGGGG